CGGCGCGGCGGCCGGAAGAGCGAGCGGGCGGGCGGGCGCGGUGCCGGUGCGCGUUAUGGCGGACCCCGAGGAGGGACCCGAGGACGGCUUCUACCAGCGGUUCGCGGCCGAGCUGGAGGUGCUGGCCGAGCUGGGAGGUGGGCGCUGCUCCGGCGCCGUGUCCGAUGACCCAUCCCCGCUCGCUGGCCCUAAAAUCUCCCAGUUCCGUGGGAGGAGGCAGCCACCGGAGGAGCCCGACCCCCCCGGGGGGGACGACGGCCCGGGGGGCACCAACCCCAGGAAGAGGGACCGGGGCUGCGACCCCCCCGGCUCCCCGCCACCGUCCGCAGCCCGCACCCCGAAACCGAAGCGACGGUGCCUGGAAGCCGUUAAGAAGCUCAGCUUUGGUGGGGAUGAUGAGUUGGGUCCUGAUGGCCUCCAGGGUGCUGGUCCAGAGGCGCUUUCUGUUCCCCAAGCUGCCAGCCUGAAGAUAAGCGGCAUGGCUCCGCUGCAGACCACGCCGCCCUCCGAGAAGAAGCGGGUCCUCAAGCGGCCACCCAUCCUGGAGGACUAUGUCAACGUGACGUCCACCGAGGGUACCAGGGUCUUCAUGGUCGUGAGAGAUGAUCCCUCUAGGACAGGGGUGGAGCUCCCCGAUUCCCCAGGCUGGAAUGCACGCAGGCCGCUCCACUUGCUGGGGGUGCCUUUCUCCUACCUGAAGGAACAAGUGCAUGAAGAGCGUCGAAGGCGUGUUCUGGAGGCAUCGCAGCAGCUGACGGAGAUAAUAAAUAGUUGCCUCGAGAGUGAGACCAGCACCGAGAGCCCAGAGCCCAGCGAGGAAGCGGAGCCGGCAGAGGAGGAGUCUGCGCCGCAUUGCCUCUGGGUGGACAAGUUCACUCCCCGGCGCUACCUGGAGCUGCUCAGUGAUGAUUACACAAACCGCUGCCUUCUGAAGUGGCUCAAGCUCUGGGACACGGUGGUGUUCGGGAAGGAGAAUGCUGUGAAGAAGGCCAAGGCUCAUCCUCCAUUCAACCAGCCCAAGGAGCAGCAGAAUAAGUGGAAAACAAAGGUGCAGCUCACAGAGGAGAUUCUGGAGGCUGAGCUGGACCAGCACAAGAGACCCAAGUACAAGGUAGCCCUGCUCUGCGGCCCACCCGGCUUGGGAAAGACCACGCUGGCCCACGUCAUCGCGAAGCACGCGGGGUACAACGCCGUCGAGAUGAACGCCAGUGACGACCGCAGCCCAGAGGUUUUCAAAACCCGCAUCGAAGCUGCCACCCAGAUGAAGUCUGUGCUGGGUGCCAACGAGAAGCCCAACUGCCUGAUCAUCGAUGAGAUCGACGGUGCGCCCGCGGCAUCUAUCAACGUACUGCUAAACAUCAUCCACCGUAAGGAUGUGGAGGGCGAGGCAGCAGCCGGCACGGGCCGGAGGAGGCGGCGUGAGGAUGGACUGUUGCUCAGGCCCAUCAUCUGCAUCUGCAAUGACCAGUACGUCCCUGCUCUCCGGCCGCUGCGGCAGCAAUCGUUCCUGCUAAACUUCCCUCGGACGGCGCCGUCCCGGCUCGCCCAGCGGCUCUGCGAGAUCGCCCUGCGGCAGGGCAUGCGGGCGGACAUGGGCGCGCUGCUGGCGCUGUGCGAGAAGACGGAGAACGACAUCCGCUCCUGCAUAAACACCCUGCAGUUCCUCCAUGGCCGAGGCCAGAAGGAGCUGAGCGUGCAGAUGGUGCAGACGAUGAAGAUUGGCUUGAAGGACCAAAACAAGGGGCUCUUUUCCAUCUGGCAAGAGAUCUUCCAGCUCCCAAAGGUCCAAAGGCACAGGAUAGGAAUGGACCCCGCUUUGCCAACCCAGCUCCUGGUGGGUGACGAGGACCUGUCGCACCUCGGGGGGACGGCUGGCUUCAACGUGUCCUCCCAGCGCUUCCACCACAUCCUGCACCUCGCCGUCUCCUCGGGGGAGCAGGAGAAGCUCGCCCAGGGUCUGUACGACAAUUUCCUGAACAUGAAGCUGCGGGACUCCAGUUUCAGCUCGGUGUGCUUGGCCCUGGAGUGGCUGGGCUUCUCCGACCUGCUGAGCCGGGCUGUCCUGCACGAGCAGAGCUUCCAGCUGAUGCGAUACCUGCCCUUCCUGCCCGUGGCUUUCCAUCUGCUCUUCGCGGCCACCAGCAUCCCCCGGCUCGCUUAUCCCAGCAGCCAGCACGAGGCCCUGGCCAAGCUGAACCACAUGCAGAACCUCGUCCUGUCCAUGGUGUCGGGGAUAACGCCCAGCGCCCGCAGCCGUGCCGGCCAGCAGUCUCUCGUCUUGGAGGUGCUCUGUCUGCUGCUGGACAUCAUCGCCCCGAAGCUCCGACCGGUGAACACCCAGCUCUACAGCCUGAAGGAGAAGCAGCAGCUGGCAGACCUCAUCAGCACCAUGCUGGCCUACAACCUCACCUACCACCAGGAACGCUUGCCCGAGGGCCAGUACGUCUACAAGCUCGACCCGCCUGCGGGAGCUGCAGGGGCUGUAGGGAGCCGCCCUGCCCUCCCCACGCCAGCCUGUGCCACUGAAACAUGGCUGUGGGGGAACCGUGGGACAUUUGGGAGCCACGUGGCACAAGCAGGCACGUCGCUUUGCUUUGCUUCGCUUUUCUUGCAAAUUCUGAGCCUGUUUCCUGGCCGUGCGCAGCAAUGAUGGGGACCGUGGGGGUGUCACGUCCCAGCGGCACCUGCAAGUCACAUCCCAGCAUCUGUCUGGCAAACAAAGCUGUUGUCGACAGCAAAACCUGUGUUUUCUCUCUAAAACUUUUUAAAUCAUAGAUUUGACAGCUGAUUUCUAAAUGACUGCAAAGCCACCUGACGUAGGACUUUGCUCCCUUUAUUUUAAGGGGUAUAACACUGAAUGUGUGUAAAGUGUGAAAUAUUUACAGCAGGCAAAGGAAUCGGCCCAGCUGGAUCUUUGGUGCUGGGGCUGCGCCUGGGCUUUUGCUGUACCGAAACAGGCCUAACUCAAGGUCUGGUGCAUGAACGUCAUUAAGAAUAAAACUGCUCUUAUUAGCCAAAAUUACUGUUCAUGGCCAUAUCUCAAUUAAACGCCUCCCUGCAGGCACCUCAGGGUUCAUGCGAAGGGUCGUAGUGCCGCUCGUGCCCAAGCUGUGAUGUGACCGUGGCUUUUUCAGGGCAAUCUGUUCAGCACAGACCCACCUGCAAUUUCCUCUUCUUGCAUUAAAACCAAGAUUAAAAAGCCCGUAAUCCCUCCUGAGUUCCCAUUCAGCUGAGUUGCCCUGCAGCAACCUGGCUCCGCACGCCCGGCACCGUUCGCUGGGCAUCUUCGAGUGCUGCCGUCGGACACGGACACUCGGA